GGGUCUCCUCAUCUGAGGUUUCUCCUUCUUUUCUAAGUAAUAGAUUACAAUAGAUAACAGUUACAUUUAUAAUAUCAUUUUUGUGUGAUGGAACACUUCCUGUUCUGAGGACAAACCACAGAGACUCACAUAUUUCAUUUCUGGAUGGUAGUAUGUUUAUUUUCAUUUUUCUGUGUUUCAGCAGAGGGUCUUCAUGACAACAAGCCUCUGACUGAGACGGUCGCUGGUUUCAUGUCAGCUUAAUGUAUAUUCAUAAACAAGCUGACUAAGAGAAAUGCAUCAAUGAGGCAAAGUUUUAGUUUAAAAACAUUUAAUUUACUGCAGGAUUACUCUAUUUUUACAUCAAAAUGUGGAAAAUUUCAUAUUCAUGAGCAAAUUUAUCUAUAAACUGAAACUAAAGUUUCCCUUCCUUCACUGUUGGAGCUUUUUUUUAAUUUUCUAUAUUGUUUACAUUUUUAUCAAAUGAACCACAGGGGAAGAAGUGCUGCAGCAGCCAUUGUGAAAAUUCCAUUCAUGCAUUUGGUCGACCUAGCUCCUCCUCCUCCUCCUCCCUCCUUAUCAGCGAGCAGACAGGAUGGGGUGGGGUGGGGGGCUGCUAUAAUAACAGAGAGGCGGAGGGCAGAGACAGACCGAACAGGCUUGUGCAGCGAUGCUCUGCUGGCUGGAGCACAGUGACGGGGAGCCUCCUGAUUUCCGUUUCUUAGACUUAUUUUAGGGUUUUUGACAAACCAGAGUGGAAAAAUAAAAGGUAUCUACAGACGACUGUCUUCUGAAAAAGAGAAGAAGACUUUUUUUUUCUUUCUCUUUCUUGGAGCUCAUAAAGUCCAUGGAUUGAUAGAAACAAAGAAAAGCAUUGCUUGCUGUCAUCAUGAACUCCACUCUGCCUUAUGGGUCGGUCCCCAACAGAAGCCUCUCCUCGGCCACUCUCCCUCCUGACCUGGGAGGACAGAAAGACUCGUCGGCGGGAUGCUACGAGCAGCUUCUGAUCUCCACUGAGGUCUUCCUCACUUUGGGCAUCAUCAGCCUGCUGGAGAACAUCCUGGUUGUUGCUGCGAUCGUUAAAAACAAGAACCUCCACUCCCCCAUGUACUUUUUCAUCUGCAGCCUCGCAGUAGCCGAUAUGUUGGUCAGCGUCUCCAACGCGUCUGAGACCAUCGUCAUAGCGCUCAUUAACGGAGGCAACCUGAGCAUUCCUGUCAGGCUCAUCAAGAGCAUGGACAAUGUGUUUGACUCCAUGAUCUGCAGCUCUCUGCUGGCCUCCAUCUGCAGCUUGCUGGCCAUUGCCGUUGACCGCUACAUCACCAUCUUCUACGCUCUGCGAUACCACAACAUCGUGACGCUGCGGCGAGCAGCCGUGGUCAUCAGCAGCAUCUGGACGUGCUGCAUUGUGUCGGGUAUCCUCUUCAUCAUCUACUCGGAGAGUACCACGGUGCUCAUCUGUCUCAUCACCAUGUUCUUCACCAUGCUGGUGCUCAUGGCCUCCCUCUAUGUCCACAUGUUCCUGCUGGCACGUCUGCACAUGAAGCGGAUCGCGGCGCUGCCGGGCAACGCGCCCAUCCACCAGCGGGCGAACAUGAAGGGCGCCAUCACCCUCACCAUCCUCCUCGGGGUGUUUGUGGUGUGCUGGGCGCCGUUCUUCCUCCACCUCAUCCUCAUGAUCACCUGCCCCAGGAACCCUUACUGCACCUGCUUCAUGUCGCACUUCAACAUGUACCUCAUUCUCAUCAUGUGCAACUCCGUCAUCGACCCCAUCAUCUACGCUUUCCGGAGCCAGGAGAUGAGGAAAACCUUCAAGGAGAUCUUCUGCUGCUCCAACGCUCUCCUGUGUGUGUGACGUAUGUGUGUGUGUGUCUGUGUGGCUGCAACGUUCAACCAAUCAACUGUCCUGGAGUGGCAUGUAGCAGGAAUGCUCAUGUGACCAGCAUGCAUCCACAUCUACAA